AUGAGAGAAUUACGUAAAAAUCCUAAUAACAAGCUAUUACACAACCAGAUUACUGAAAACAUGGAAUCAUUAGCUCGUAUCAAAGAUUGGACAUCAUUAGUGAAUACGGAUGACGGCAUAGCUGUAGUGAAAGAACAGAUGAAAAGUCAACUCCAACGUGAAAUCAACCAACGAAAAUACGAAGUUGAUGAAGUGCUCAAAAUAUCAAAAGCUCAAUCGGCUACAGACAUUUGUUUUUUAGUCGAUUGUACGUGUAGUAUGAAAAAGUAUAUAGUUGCAGCAAAAACACAAAUUCAUCAACUGACUGAUACUAUUAUUCAAUUAUACGCCAUCAAGCCUCGUCUGGCUUUUAUUGGCUAUCGAGAUACUGAUACUGAUCCUGAACAGCUUGAUUUUACGGAUGACGUUGAUACAUUUUAUAUCUUUUUGGAGAAAUUAAAACUGACUAGUGGUCACGACAGAUGUGAGGAUGUUUUUGGCGGACUUGAAAUUGUGCCAAAGCUAUCCUGGUCGAAUCCAAAUCGUGUACUGAUUCAUAUAUGUGAUGCACCGUGCCAUGGACGAGAUUAUCACACGUUUACAAAAUCGAGACACGACAAGUAUCCAAAGGGUGAUCCAAAAAACCGAGAAGUUUCAAAAUUAUUGUUGGACAUUAAACGUUCAAAGAUCAUCUAUUGUUCAAUACAGCUAAAUAAGUCAGUAAAGAAAAUGUUUGAAGAAUUUGUUUUUAUAUAUGGAGAAGUAUUCGAAAUACAUGUGAACGAUCCAAACACUUUGAUGAAACAUAUUUCUAUGCAAACUAGUUCUAUUAUUAUGAACAGUAUUCAAUCGACGAUGUCUAGUUUUCGAACAUCAAAUAUGCCAUUAAAAUCGUACACUUUGCUUAAGAAAAUUCCUGAUUGGAAUGCAAUAGAAGUACAUGCAGUUCAUACUAUUGAAAUUAUACAACCACAAGCAAUGGAUGACAUAUUUCGCCCUUUAUUUUUUGGGCAAGAAUAUUCUACAGUACUUCAAGCCUUCAGUCAUUGGACGUAUCAUAUUACUGCUGGCCGUUAUAUGGUUGUUGAUUUGCAAGGUGCCAAAACAGACAACGCUUAUAUCCUUACUGAUCCGGCAAUACAUUGUGAUGAUAUAUUACGGUUUAAGCAUACACGUACUAAUCUUGGAGUGAAGGGUAUGGAUCGAUUUUUCAAUACACAUGUGUGCAGUGAAAUAUGUGCUAGACUGGAGCUACCAGCGGAAAAGUCACAGCUACUCAAUAAAACCAAGACGAACGCUUACAAAUCAUUUGAAUAUGCUGAUCUGCUGGAUGCUACCGACGAAAUGGAUGAGGCUACAAGUAAAUUUGAAAUAAUGCAUCUCGAAACUGAAGAUCAACAAGCUAAUACAACAUCUUUUUAA